UGAAGUGCGGGAAAAAUCCCCUCUGGCUUCGUACGUUAGACACCGUUGCGUCAUAAAAUGCGAGAAAGAGCCCUAUCAAGCCGCACGGUGUGAGUAUGGUUAUUGUCUCUCCUCUCUCUUCUUCCCUUUCUCUCUCUCUUCAAUUCUUCUCUUUCUCUUCUCUGUCUCCUCAUAUAAUCCCUCUUUCCCCAAGACUCAGAAGGCCCACUCUCUGCACCCCGUUUGCAAUGGCAGUUUCAAGUGAUGAUCCUGUGAGUGAAUGGAUACUCACAGAGGGGAAGGCAACGAAGAUAACCAAGAUAAGUCCUAUUGGUGGAGGCUGUAUCAAUAACGCAUAUGAAUAUGAGACUGAUUCAGGUUCCUUUUUUGUCAAAACAAAUAGGAGUGUAGGACCAUCAAUGUUUGAAGGGGAGACUAUUGGUCUAGGCGCAAUGUAUGCCACCAAUUCCAUACGUGUGCCUCGGCCCUUCAAGUUUGGGCCGUUAGCUAGAGGAGGUUCCUAUAUCAUUUUGGAGUUUAUUGAGUUUGGAUCAUCCAGAAGUAAUCAGUCAGUCCUUGGGAGAAAGCUUGCUGAAAUGCAUAAAGCUGGAAAAUCUGACAAGGGUUUUGGAUUUCGAGUCGACAACACCAUAGGCAGCACGUCUCAGAUAAACACCUGGUCCACAGAUUGGAUCAGCUUUUUCUCUGAGCAUCGAUUGGGCUACCAGUUGAAGUUAGCUCGUGAUCAAUAUGGGGAUGCAAGCAUUUAUGAAAAAGGGCAAAGGCUACUGAAGAGUAUGCCACUUCUUUUUGAAGGUAUUGACAUUGAGCCUUGUUUGCUUCAUGGAGACCUGUGGAGUGGAAAUAUUAGCUCUGACAGGAAUGGGGAACCUGUUAUAUUGGAUCCUGCAUGCUAUUAUGGACAUAACGAAGCCGAAUUUGGAAUGUCUUGGUGUGCUGGAUUUGGUGGUGCCUUCUAUAGCUCGUAUUUUGAGGUAAUGCCGAAACAGCCGGGGUUUGAACAACGGAGGGACCUGUAUAUGUUAUACCAUUACUUGAAUCACUAUAAUCUAUUUGGGUCUGGAUACCGUUCUUCUGCCAUGUCCAUAAUCAACAAUUAUCUCCAAAUGUUUCAGAGUUGAAGUGCUUACUAUCGAAAUGAUAAUGGUCAGUACAUGCAUAUAAUUGCCUGCCUUAGUGCUCUCUCUCUCUCUCUCUCUCUCUCUCUC